UCGCAUGCGUGGGGGAAGUAAGUAAGCAACGACUGACCGUCGCGUUAAAAGAAAAGAGGAAGAGAUGCCCUCAUCAGAAGAGAAUUUCCAAUCAUGCUGGACGCUCAGAUCAAGAUCGCUCUUUCGCUUUCCUAAGCACAAGAACCAGAGGCUGACGUCUCACCCAGCAUGAAGAGGUGCAAAUCAGAUGAGCUGCAGCAGUUAGAUGGAGACUCUGCUGGGACAGAAGAUGCCCUCCUGCUGCCUACCAUGGAUGCCAAGCUUGGGGAUUCAGCUGCUGCUCUGGAGGAUUUGGGUGUCUCCAAUCCAAACCCAGCUCCCCAUUCUGUUACCCGGAGCAAACCUCCUGAUUUAAAGAAGAUACAACAGCUGUCUGAGGGUUCUAUGUUUGGUCAUGGACUCAAACAUCUUUUCCAUAGUCGCAGACGAUCCCGAGAACGGGAGCAUCAGAAUUCCCAGGAGUCAUCCCAGCAACACCAUGGCAUGUCUGAUCAUGACUCCCCUGAUGAAAAAGAACGCUCUCCCGAGAUGCACCGUGUCUCCUAUGCUGUGUCUCUCCAUGAUCUCCCAGCUCGACCCACUGCCUUCAACAGGGUGUUGCAGCAGAUCCGCUCCCGUCCUUCCAUCAAGAGAGGAACCAGUUUGCACAGUGGCAGUCGCCGAGCCAAGAGUAGCUCUUUAGAACCACAGAAAAGCAGUCCACACCUUGUGCGCAGGGCCCCCCAGGACAGCAGCCUGACAGCAAUCCUGCAUCAACAUCAAGGCCGGCCAAGAUCCUCAUCUACUACAGACGCUGCUAUCUUAAUGGCUGAAAGUGGGAAUGUUUACCUUCUGACAGAAGAGUCAGAAUGCCUCAGUGACAAGUUGGACAAGGGGGAUGUGAGCCAACUCAGCCUGCCUCCCAAUACAAGCCACAGUGAUGCUGAAAGCAACAUCUGUCUUGAUGUUCCAGAUGGCAAUCCAGACCCACAGAGGACAAAAGCUGCCAUUGAUCACCUGCACCAGAAGAUUCUUAAGAUCACUGAGCAAAUAAAGAUUGAGCAGGAGGCUCGAGAUGACAAUGUGGCUGAAUACCUGAAGCUUGCUAACAAUGCUGAUAAGCAGCAAGCCUCUCGUAUCAAGCAGGUCUUUGAGAAGAAGAACCAGAAGUCAGCCCAGACCAUUGCCCAGCUGCAUAAGAAGCUUGAGCAUUACCACAAAAAACUAAAGGAGAUUGAACAAAAUGGGCCCUCACGUCAGCCCAAAGAUGUCUUCCGGGACAUGCAUCAGGGCCUCAAGGAUGUAGGAGCCAAUGUUCGCUCCAGCAUUAGUGGUUUUGGCGGUGGUGUGGUAGAAGGAGUAAAGGGUGGGUUGUCAGGCCUUUCUCAAGCAACACAUACAGCUGUGGUUUCCAAGCCCCGUGAGUUUGCAAGUUUAAUACGCAACAAAUUUGGCAGUGCAGACAACAUUGCCCACUUAAAGGACACUUUGGACGAUGGGCACCCGGAAGAGGCCUCCCGGACUCUAAGUGGCAGUGCUACCCUUGUGUCUAGUCCCAAAUAUGGAAGUGAUGAUGAGUGCUCUAGUGCCACUUCUGGCUCAGCAGCUGGUAGCAAUUCUGGGGCUGGUCCUGGGGGCUUGGGCAGUCCCAAAUCUAACACCUUGGACAGUCAUCAUUAUAACUUUGACACCAUUGUAGAAGAACUGAGAGAUAUUAAAGACAUUCAGUCCCAUCUUGAGGACUCUAUGGAAGAACUCAAGGCUCAGCUGCAACGAGACUAUACAUACAUGACUCAGUGCUUGCAGGAGGAACGAUACAGAUAUGAACGCUUGGAAGAGCAGCUUAAUGACCUGACUGAGCUUCAUCAGAAUGAGAUGACCAAUCUGAAGCAGGAGCUGGCCAGCAUGGAAGAAAAGGUGGCUUACCAGUCCUACGAAAGGGCCAGGGACAUUCAGGAAGCUGUGGAAUCCUGCCUGACUCGGGUCACCAAGCUAGAGUUGCAGCAGCAGCAGCAGCAAGUGGUGCAGCUGGAGGGAGUGGAAAAUGCCAAUGCCCGUGCUCUACUGGGCAAAUUCAUCAAUGUGAUCUUGGCCUUAAUGGCCGUGCUGCUGGUCUUUGUCUCCACCAUUGCUAGUUUCAUCACUCCAUUGGUGAAGACCCGCAUGCGUCUCCUGAGCACUAUCUUACUAGUGCUUUUUGUCUUCCUCCUCUGGAAGCACUGGGAUUCCAUCACUUACCUCCUGGAACAUGUGCUGCUUCCUAGCUGAUUUCCUUGGUAGCCAGAUGCUGCGGCUAGAGGGAGUUUGUUUUUCUUGUAGAACGGAAGUAAACCUGAGGAGACUUCCAGUUUGGUUUUAUGUCCAUUUGGAGUGUGCAGUCCUCACAGCUUCCUCUUCAGAGCCUUUUGUUGUUGUUGUUGUGCCCAACAUUGCCUCAGCAGUAGGGAGAGUAAUUACAGUGGGGCUUAUGAAAGGCUUUGUCAUGCCUCUCCUCUGGGAUGCUUUUUCAAGGCAUUAUGGGAAGACAACCCCUGAAAGAGCUCAAUCUUUCAGAUUUUAUCCAUUCCUUAAAUCAGAUAAAGGAAUGAUGAUGACAGCAAUUCGUGUACGAACCAAAAUGGUCUUCUCUAGAAAGCAGUUGUGUAGUUGUUGAUUUUCCUUCCUGCUGAAGAGAAGCAGUGAAACAUUUAUUGGUAAUCAAGGUAGUAAUAUAUGAAGAGAAAGAUUCAACACUGAAGGUGAAGUUACUUUUUCAUUUUGUAACCUAUGAACAUGAAAACCAUUCAAGGAUCAGAAUGUACAUACAACACCAAAUAAUUCAGGUCACAACAUGGAGGCUUCCCUUCCCUUCCUGUAGGGCAACUGAAAUUCCAGAAGCUUAGCUGGGCUGCUUCGUAUCAUGGACUUGUUGUCCUUGUGGGUUGGUGUAUCAAUUCAGUUGUGCUUAAUGACCGCAGGAUCUGAGGAGAAAGCGUUGAGCCUUCUGAUGCAAACUCAACAUUUUUGGUUGGCUUUGUUUUCAUCUGUUUUCCUUUUCUUUGAUAUUUCCAUGAACUUAAAAAAUACUUAUAAUCUUUACAAGUGUGUGUGUGCGCACACGCGUGUGUGUAAGUGUGCAUGUGUUAAUUUAUUGAUUUCAGAGAUUUUUUUAAAAUCAAGCACUAGUAAACAGUCAUCUGCCUUCACAUGAUGGAGGGCUUUAACAUGCUCUAAAAGCAAUAAACCCUCAAUCAGCACAAAACGAGUCACCAUUUGAAUGUGACAGUGUCCAUCAAUGAGGACCAGCAGGUAAUCUGUCCAUCUGUCAUUGGAGACUUCCUAUAAGACAUGAAUCAGAUCCUUUGAUAGACAUUUUCUCAUGAAAGGGAAAGCAUCUGAUUAUAUCUCUUCUGGGUCCUGGAAUAUUUCUCCAGUACUUAUUUGAAGACAGCAAUUGAUGUAACUCAUUUGAUGCUAUUUUGUUUUCAGCUGAAGCUAUCAAGCCAUAGCAUAUUGUAAGUUGAAAGGUUGAAUUGUAUUGAUUUGACCAGGGAAUUUAUGCCAAUGAUAUUUUAGCAUCUGCUCUUAUUCUGCUGUCAUAUGCUUGCUCUUUCGGGCAAAAGAGAGAGUUAAUUGUAUGUUAGGCUUAAGAGGCUGGAAUCUAAAUAUGUAGCAGAAUGAAAUGGGAGAGCCCUGAGAUAGUGGAAUGGACAUUUCAGACUUACGGCAUGGCUAUCCUCCUUCUGUUUCACCACCUUAUUCUGUUGCAUGUGUAGAUACUGUUUGAAAACCAGAGGUGUAUAUUUUGCACUUAAAAGAACUUCAAACAGACAUGAAGCCCUUGUUAUACAUAGGAAAAGGAAAGGUAGUGCUGACAUCUUUGAGGAUAUGCUCUUCUACAAAUGAGCAAGGUAAAAGGGGAGUUAUUUUCUGUGUAACACAGGGAAAUUAUGAAAGUGUAAUUUUUGCAGGUGCUGCUCCCAUUCUCCAGCACUAAGACAACAAAUGAGGGUUCAUCUACUUGGCUUCAUUCUCCUUAGGACUACUAAAGGCGGAGUAACCUCACUCUGUCAGAACAAUGAUUUUAUUCUCCCUCCAUACUGGUCUUCCUUCGUGUAACCAUGCUGCACAUUUGCUCUUUAUUAUGCAAAACAUUCCUGGAUUCCUUUUGGUAAAAUAUUAUCUACAGGGAAUAAUCCUAGACAAAAUAACAUAGUCACCCUGGUUCAGCUCUGAGCACCUGCAUUGUACUCACUGCCAGCACUUAGAAAUGGGAAAGUGGUUCUAGUUAAAGCAGCUGAGACUAAAAGGAGCCUGCAUGUGCGAAUAGCAUCAUGGAAUUUUGGCCUGAGGCUGAUCCCUUUCCCUGUAGAGGCCUAAGUGUUGGUUUUUCCUAAGUACCACCUUUUGUCUAAAGAAGCUCUGUGCCAAAAUUCCCUCAAAUAUAAGCAACAUUCUGCCUUUAAUAAACCCUGGAGACGUAAAGAACGCAACCUUCAUUUAGGAAUCUUUUUUUUUUUUUUUUGGUAUAUUU